UCGCCUUCUCUCCGUUUGACUGCGUUCUCUCCCUCCACCUCGUCUUUGUCACAACUUUCCCCCUUCCGGCCCCCCCCCCUUCUCGUCCUCCCUCCACUCCUGCCGUCUUUCUCUCCCUCGCACCUCAUCUUCGCGCACAGGCUCGCGUAAUCGCUUCCAGCGUGCUAAAUUUAGCGCUGACCGUUGCUUUUGCCGAGAGCCAGCGGCGUAUAUAAAGCUCCUCUUCGCCUCCGCCGCCGUUUCCUGCACGCGCGCGCCCGAGGUCGCGUCGAGACGCGCGGAAAAAGCCGUCGCCGGCCACAUCAGUCGCGACGCGCCCCACCUGUGAAGGUUCACCGUCGAGAGCGCGCGAGGACCCACGAUGAGCGGCCGACGCGCCGACCUGUCACUCGGCAUCGAGGCUCGGGCGCGAUGUGGAAGGCGUCUUGUGACUUCGGCAGCGAUAACACUCGCCGAGCAGGGUUUAUCAACGCUCUCGUCCGUGAAAAGUGUUGUUGCAACAAAGAACUGUUCUCUCGCGCGCGCGUGAUAAUCACGUAGAGCUGCGCACAUAGGAGAGUUUGAACUUGGACGUCUCUUUCUCUCCUUCUGACUCGCGGUUUCGCGCGAUAAAAAGGAAAAAGAGCGCGACGCAGCGCUGCCGACGAUACGUCGCAUUUUCUCUACCGGGUGACCGUGGACGAUUUCCUCCUCUUGCUCCGAGAAGAAGGAGAGAGAGAGCCUUGACGCGCUUCGGGAUCAAGAUCAAGCGUUUUCCGAUGCGCCGGGACCAAUCGGGCAUCGCGACCUGAAAAUAUUGCGGCGCAGAAUUGGGGAAAAAACGCGACGGAGAGACGCGGCACCACCGGGGGCUUUCCGAGGCUCGUGGCAAUCGAGCGAUAAGCGGCCGGCUGUUGUGCGCUCGUGCUCGCGCGUGUUUAUGUGUAUGUGCGAACGUGUGUGUACACGUGUCGCCGUAAUAAACGCUAAAAAUAACCGCGCUAUCGGGCCGCGAGCGAGUAUCGGAGCGAUAAACAUCGCCGGCGACACGCUCGCCAUCGCGCACGAAUUCCGCGGCCUUCUCGCGACUCGCGAUAUCGUCGGACGCGAGUCGGAGAACGAUAGAGAGUGGGGAGGAAUCCUCCCUCUCGAGAAAGCAGGGAGCUUCUCGCGGAUCCUCCGGGUCGCCGUGUCGAAGUCGACUUGGAAAAAGGAGAGCCGCGCGUCGGACAAAGUGCGCGAGUGAUGUAACAGCGCGCCUUUCUGGCGCCCGCACGCGCGCACGUGGAAAGGAAAAAAGUCUCAUCACGGCUUCCGGACGAUUAAUGCGCGCCUACCGCGCAUUUUUCUUCCCUCGACGUCCCUCACCUCGCGGUUUGCGUUCUAAAAAUAUCGCCGACGCCGAAGGACUUUCUCAAUCAGGAUAACACUCGAAGAGCGCGGUCUCCUCUCGGACAGUCGACGGCUCUCUGGUGGACACUUGUUCUCCCCCCACACACACACACACACACAUUCGCAUUCUCGGUGGAAAAUUACGCCGGCCCGGUGACAAGACCGGCCAGUCUGACGACGACGGCGGCGUCGAAAGAGCAGCGUCGCAGUUGGCACCGGUUGUCACGGCUCGGGAAUCGCGCGCCACUUUACCGCGAGAAACCGCGCUAACUCGAGAUUGAUUCUCGAGUCGCGCCGAAACGUUUUCCCUUCUUUUUCCCCUCCGGCCGUUCGCUCGUGUCGCCGCGACAGAUUGAGCGAGCGUCGGGCGCGCGUCGAGAGACCGGGAGGAAUAACCGCGAGGGAAAUCAUGAAGGUGUACGUGGAGCGGGCGAGCGCGUUCGAUCGAUAUCCGCGCGGCGAGAACCCGAGCGCGAAGAUCGCCGGCCGCCACGUCGGGGCGAUCCACGUUCGCGGCGGCGGUCCCCAUGGCAUGUUACCGGACCUGUGUUGUUACAUGUGCAUAGAGAUGGCGAGGGACACGCCGGGCUCGCCGAUGCCGCGGCCGCGAGAUUUGGGCGCCGGCGGGGGUGGCGCGGCCACGGCCACCUUGACUUCCGGCGCUUACCACGCCGCGACCACCGACUCCGCCAGCCUGCACGACCACGAGCUGCAGCAGAAGAUGCUCAAGCUACAGCAGCACUAUCAGCUUCAGCAGCAGAUACUCUGGCAGAAGUACGAGGCGCAGGGACGACAACUGCAGGAGCAGCAGAUGCAGGAGCAACUGAAGCUCUGGGAGCAGCAGAAGCAGCUGGAGGAGCAGAGGCGAGAGAAAGAGCGGUUGGAGGCCCUCAGGAAGAAGGACAAGCACGAUCAUAGCGCGAACGCGUCCACGGAAGUCAAGCAACGCCUUCAGAGCUUCCUGGUGAACAAGAAACAACGGGAGGCGGCGGCCGCGGCGAACGGAGCGGUGCCUGGCACGCCCGGCUACAGAAGCUGGCUGCAGCCACAGUCGGAAUCGUCGAGCACCACGAACGCGGGGCACCCUUACCGAAUGCCGCAGAUGCUCCAGGAGAAGUUCGGCGACGACUUCCCGCUGAGGAAGACAGCCUCGGAGCCGAACCUGCUGAAGGUGCGACUAAAACAACGCGUGGAGAGGAACAUGGCAGCGUCGAGAAACUCACCCCUGGCACGCCGGAAGGACCGCCUGCUGUCGCACCUCAAGCGGAAGUCGUUACUAGCAAACUCUGGCAGCAAUCCCGAGUCCGGGCCUAACUCCCCGCCGACCGUGAACAAUUCUCAAGCCAGCCCCACUGCUGGAAGCAACACGGCGAUACAAGAGGAAGGUGAGAAUCCGGCGUAUGGAGGACGUCUCACCAGCAGUAGUCAGCAAGGCAGCCUUUCGGAUCUUUCUCUCUUCAGUUCACCGUCCAUGCCUAACAUCUCCUUGGGCAGACCUCACGUGCCGUCGAGCUCGUCGAGUGGAACGAAGCUGGCGCCGGUCUCGGAAGCGGAGGUGCGGGCCGCGUUCACGGCGCGUCUCGGCAUGCCGCUCACCGGUCAGAUGCUGCCCGGCACCUUACCGUUCUAUCCGUCCCUGACGGUGAUCGAGGGCGAGCCGACGUACAUCUACAAGCAGAUGCAGAACCUGGAGCCGGCGCCGCCGGUCGGCGGCAGCCGGCAACACCCAGUCUACCAUACCGCGCCGAUUACGGAUACACAAGUAGCGCACGCAAGACUGCAUAAGGCUGGUCACCGGCCUUUAGGUAGUAGGACGCAAUCGGCGCCGUUGCCGCUCGGCCAUCCGAUGCUGCAGGGCGGCAUGAUCGCGCCGACUACCCACUACGAGGAGUAUCUCGCGGAGAAGCAGCUGCACGACCAGCAGCAGGCGCACAACUACCUGAAACAGCAGAUCCGCCAGACGGUGUUGACGCGGGUCGGCUCCAGGACUCAGGCGAAUCAGCUGGACGAGGCGCCGGAGACCGAGGAGUCCGAGGUGAUCGACCUCACCGGCAAGAAGGACCACCCGGAGGAGAGCGAGAUCUCGAAGCAGCAGAGGGACCGGGAGCAGUUCUUGCAGCAGCAGAGAGACCUCAUGAUGCGGCACACCCUGCAGACGAACGAGUCGACCGUCUACAGCGGCAGCAGGACCUCCCAGUCGGCCAGGCCGCUCUCGAGAGCGCUGUCGAGUCCGCUGGUGCAUUUAGGUCCCCAGGGUGGCGGCGGCGACAUAUUCGCGCGCGGCUCCCCGCACCGACCCACCACGGGAUUAGCCUACGAUCCGUUGAUGCUGAAGCACGCGUGCGUCUGCGGUGAAACGGUCAGGGGUCAUCCCGAGCACGGCGGCAGAUUGCAGAGCGUCUGGGCUAGACUAUCGGAGACCGGCCUGCUGCAGCGGUGCGACCGAGUGCGCUCGCGCAAGGCCACGCUCGAGGAGAUUCAAACGUGCCACAGCGAGGCGCACGCUCUUCUCUUCGGGACGAACCCGUUGAAUCGACAGAAACUGGACAUGUCGAAGCUGUCGCAAUUGCCUAUUAAGAGUUUCGUCCGACUACCUUGUGGCGGGGUCGGCGUUGACUCCGACACCACGUGGAACGAGCUUAACACCGCGCCCGCCGCCAGAAUGGCGGUAGGCUGCGUCGUCGACCUCGCGUUCAAGGCGGCGAUGGGUGACAUUAAGAACGGCUUCGCCGUCGUGAGACCGCCCGGGCAUCACGCGGAGACCAACCAGGCGAUGGGCUUCUGCUUCUUCAAUUCCGUAGCGAUCGCGGCGAGGCUACUUCAGCAGAAACUCGACAUUAGAAAAAUUUUAAUCCUGGAUUGGGACGUCCAUCACGGGAACGGCACCCAGCAGAUGUUCUACGACGACCCCCGGGUCCUGUACCUCUCGAUACACCGACACGACGACGGCAACUUCUUCCCCGGCACCGGCGGGCCCACCGAAUGCGGCGCCGGCGAAGGUCUCGGCUACAACGUGAACGUGGCGUGGUCCGGCGGGCUGAAUCCACCCAUGGGCGAUGCCGAGUACCUCGCGGCGUUCCGCACGAUCGUCAUGCCGAUCGCCAAGGAGUUCGACCCGGACAUCGUGAUAGUCUCGGCCGGCUUCGACGCGGCUGUCGGCCACCCGGCGCCGUUGGGCGGCUACAAAGUCAGCCCGGCGUGCUUCGGCAGGAUGACACAACAGUUACUUAAUCUGGCCGACGGCAAGGUCGUCCUCGCGCUCGAGGGUGGCUACGACUUGGCGGCGAUCUGCGACUCCGCGCAGGAGUGCGUCCGCGCGCUCCUCGGCGACGAGCCCAGUCCUCUGCGCGACGACGAGCUCACCAGGAUCCCCUGUCAGAACGCCAUCGACACGUUGCAGAAGACCAUCGCCAUUCAGAUGUCACAUUGGCCUUGCGUGAAGCUCGCCGCUCACACGGUGGGUAUGAGCGCGAUAGAGGCGAGCCAGAAGGAGCACGACGAGACGGAAACGGUGUCCGCCAUGGCCUCUCUGUCGAUGCAGCAGCCUACAAACCUUACGACCACGCCAGAACAUUCCCGAGAGGUGUCCGAGGAGCCGAUGGAGCAGGACGAGGCCAAAUGAGACGCGCGUCAAUCAUUCUGCUAGGUGUAGAAAAGCGUAAUUAAUUGUACCGCGAAACUGUGCAAAUGCUCUUUGGGAUUCUCUCUCGAAAGAGGUGCAUUUCUCAGUGACACACGUCGGCCGCUGAAUCCGUCGUCGCGUCGUUGCACACGGCUGCUGGCCGGCUCACAGUUACACGACAGUCCCACGAGUGCCCGCCGCUUUGUGAGCGAACGCAAAGCAGGGACGACGCGUGCAAGAUUUCUGCACCGUCCGGGUUUUACGAGUUACACAGUUGUUCUUUCGUCUUUUUUCUCUUUUUUUUUUUUUUCUUCUAAAGACGGCGUCUGAACGAACAACGGUCGGGUAACGAGGAAGGAGUGAUCUGUAAAGAUUUCGGGAAGAGCUCGUCGACGACGCAGUCGCGACCGGACUCGCCCGACUUCUCUUGUUUUUAUCGAUAGACAUGAAUGUGUAAAGUUGUUUGUGAGUCUUGCAAACGUUUUUAUUGUUCUUGCGCGUUCGGAACGCGCGGAGAUUGUUGUUGUGAAGUUAGCGACGGCGAAUGAUCAUCAUGACGAUGUAUAUUCGUCAGUCGAUAGAUUUCUUUCUCUCUUUUUUUUUUCCUUUUUUUUUCUAAUACGGAUCGCGAGUUUCGCGAGAUACCUUUCGUGACGAGUCGCUUGUUGACGUUGUUGAGAAGAGAGAAAACUCGAGCGCGCGAGAAGAAAACGGCUUUCGCCCGAGACCCCGAUUGGCUGACCCUGUUUGACAAAUCUUUUCGAUACCAGUGUCUUAUAUCGACGAACAACGAAUGACUUUGACGACUCUCGAUGUCGAGUGAAAACUGGAACGAGAACGUUUUGUAACUUUUGUCCGCUUGAUCCUCGGAGGACGGAGGGAGAACAUUGUGCGGAUCAAGCGUGUCGUUGUUUUUGCUGACGAUAACUCGGUGGCGGGAGAGAAAAUGAAUCGCGAACAACGCGCGUUGUCUUCGAAAAAAAAAAAAUGAUAAUAA